GAGUGGCGGGGGGCGCUGCUGGCCCCGCUGCCCACGCCGGUGGCCGCCCAGGUCGCGGGGUUCCUGCCGGCGCGGGACACGGCGCGGCUGGGGCAGGUGGUCAGCGGGGGGUGCGCCGUCCUGGAGCACGCCGCCGCGUGGGAGCCGCUGGUGCUGGGCAGGCGGGAGAGCGGGGCCCUGCUGCGGCGCCUGCGCGUGCUGGACCCCCUGGUGACGCGGCGCGCGGACGGGUACCCGCCGCUCCUGCGGGCGAUGGGCAGGGUCUCCACGCUGAGGUGGGAGCUCAUGGACUCGGACCAGGCUCCAGCCAGGGAGGACGGUGACGACGCCGACGACGGCUCUGCGCUCGCAGCAGGCGCGCCCGCGAGCGCCGCGGGGGCCGUGCCGGAGAAGUCGGAGGACGAGGCGAGGAGGAGGUUGCGGACGGGCUUGGUGUUCGAUCCUUUGGACGAGCUGUGCCGUCGCCUUCGCCGAGGCUGGUUCUCUUCGGUGGUGCGCAUGGAGAUCUCGAACAUCGAAGACCACCGCAUGGAUUUCAACUUUCUGCAGCUUCGCUCCUCCGUGUUCGGCAGGUUCCCACACCUGCGGCUCAGCAUGUCGUCGGGCUGUUAUGACCUCCUCGCCUCCACCGAGCAGCUCGAGCCAACGGCCUCCGUGGUGGACGCGAGGACCGCUCUCCAGGAGAGUGCGGCGCGCCAUCCGCCCGGUGCGGCACUGCUCCUCGGUGCCGCCAGCGAGUUCAGCGACUUCGACGUGCAUUUCGUGAGAGAGCACCUGGGCGUGUUCAAGUCGGGGGACAGAGAACUUCCACUUUGUGCACGCCCCGUGGCGCUCGCUGAGCGGCGCACACGUGCGGAAGCAUUACGAGGCCCUCUGGCGCGUCUGCCCUGCAGCACGCUGCCUCCGCCCCCCGUGACUGCCCAGCGCCGCCCGGAAUUUGCUCAUAUCUUAUUUUGA